AUGAAAGUGAAGAUCAAGUGUGACCGGCACAAUCCUUGCUCCAAGUGUCGAGCGGCUAAAGUAGACUGCUCAUACCCUUCUGGAGGUGAAAGAUCACGUCCAGCUUCGAAGAAGCAUGUGCAAGCCUUGGAGAGUCAGGUGAGCUCGCUGGAGUUGUUCAUUCAAGAUCUCGCCUCUGCCGAUGAUGCUACGAGGUCUCGACUCCUCGCCGGAAUAUCCUCAUCAUCGCCUCCAUCAUAUCAACCGCACCCCCAACCUGCGAGCCAACCGCUCAUGGUAGACGAUCAUGUGCCAUCAGCUGCAUUAGGCUCUCCCUCAGAGUCCGGAGAUCUCGUCCUUGCCAGAGCAAGGGAGGGCCGGAUGUGCAAGCUCGCGGCUGCGAGAAAGGCGUCCCAGUUUUACGGCGGCACCAGCUUGUUCAUGCAACUCUCGGAGACGACACCCCCAAACCCUCAGCAACUUGCAGGGCCCUCUGAGAGUCCUGAAGAGCGCCGAUUAGGCCCAGACACGGAAACUACACUCAACGACAACAUGGAGUAUCAGGCAUACCCGUUUCAGCCCAAGGACGAAACUUGCCGUCAACUGAUGGCAACGUUCUUCCAGACUGUUUACCAAUACAACAUGUGCGUCUACCGCGAAUACUUCCUCCGAGAUUAUCAUGCCGAAAGCGGGCCUUACUACUCAGACACGCUCAUGUUCUCCAUCUGUGCCGUCGGCGCCUCAAUCUCGAAAGAGCCCGCACUCAGGGCACUCCUGCCAGUCUUUCUCAAACGCGCCGGCGCCAUGGUCUUCGAAUCCCUCGAGCUGCCCGAUCUUACAACUCUCCAAUCACUCAUCAUCUUGGGUCAUCUAGAGAUUGGACAAGGAAGAAGCUCAAAGGGCUGGCUGUUCUGCGGCAUGGCGUUCCGCCUGACACAUGAAAUGGGCUUGCAUUUGGAUCCAGGAAACUGGACAAACAGCAAAUCGGAAUCUUCUGUCGACAGGGAGAUCCUGCGGCGCGUCUACUGGGCGGUCUUCAUUGUCGACAAGCAAAUGAGCCUCUAUUUUGGACGGCCGCCGGCGCUGUAUCCUCACGAAGCCGACGUUCGAAACACGAUCCGCAUCCCGUACCCCCCUGAGUGGGAGAGCCUCCUCGACUCUUACAUAUCCAAAAGCACCUCAUCCACGGCCUUCGAAGACGGCCUCGCCACGGUCAGUUCAUUCACACAUCAGGCCGAAUUGGCCAAGAUCUUUCACGUCUUGAUUGUCGACGUGUUUGAGAAUCGACUCAGGCAGACGUGUGCCACCAAGGCCGCUGCGACAGCACAACAAGUCCACACCUCUUUGGUCAAAUGGCUGGCCACGCUGCCUCAGAAGCUACAUUGGAACCAGUGGACUGUCGGACAAGUCCCGCCCUAUGUCUUGCAUCUACACAUGGUUUUCCACACGGGCAUGAUCAUUCUUCAUCGGCCCCCUCGACAGCAACUCGACGAUGAUGCCAUCGCUGCAAGCGAGGGUGUCGAAACUCUGCCACUAGACUUUGUGCACACACUCUCCGCGGCAGCCGAGGUUGUCAUGAUGAAGAGGUUCUUGGAAAAGUCCACAUGGGACGACAAGGACAUUUCGAAGCCUCUGGCGCAGAUCCUGGACGCCAUGGAGGCCGUCCAGAGCGUCUAUCCGUGCAUGCGCGGUAUACGCGACAGCAUACUCGAGAAUAUCAAAUCUGAGGGCGUGGAUGAGGAAGCUCAGCAACAUCAGUAUGGAGUUGAACUUGAGCUCAUGGACCUCCUGCAAUCUGCCGCGGCUCCAUUUCCCGGAGCUUGGGGGACUGAAGAUGCCGAAAGCGCGACAAGCGCUGAUUUGGGGUUCUUGUUGACGGAUGACUUUCUCAACCAGCACUAUUCAUGGGACAACGCAGGCCUCUGA